CAUGGGAUAGCGAAGAAAGGAAUUUUUCUUUAUAAUUUAUAUGCAUCUCACUUCCCGUCUGUGGAAGUUGACCUUGUUAAACCCCCACUGACUAAACGUGAUUACCAGAUGAGUGACCUUGUUUUGAAGGGUUAAAUCAAUUUGUAUCUGUAGACCUCAGCUGUAAACAUCAAGUGGCUAAUAUUGUUUACUAGACGACUGACCUGGUAUUUGAAGAGCUCAGCUGUAAACAUCAACCAUCAACCGUGAAAACACCAGCAUAAUGGAAACUAAUGAUGUUAUAACUUUUCAUCAAUGUACAAUAUGUGAUGAACUUUUUCAACAAUUUGAUGAUUUAGUAAACCACUACAAAAUCCAUUCCAGAGAAGAGAAAACUGAUGAUGUUGAUGAAUAUUGUCAUGUUAAAGAAGAGAAAACUGAUGAUGCUGGAUAUUGGCAUAUUAAAGAAGAGAAAACUGAUGAUGUAGAUGAAUAUUGUCAUGUUCAAUUUAAAGCAGAGAAAACUGAUGAUGUAGAUGAAUAUUGUCAUGUUAAAGAAGAGAAAACUGAUGAUAUUGAAACAUGCUAUCCGUGUAAUUUAUGUGAUGAAGAAUUUAAAUUAGAAACUGAUUUAGAGAAACACUGUGAAAUACAUGUUAAAGAAGAGGAUUCUGUUUUACAGCACGGUAAAAAUUCAGAGACAAGUUUUAGUCAGUAUAAUGAAAAAGAAAAGCACAAUUCACAAGAGUUUAAGAAGUGUGAUGUUCACAUCCGAAUUCACACGGGAGAAAAACCUUACAAAUGUGAUGUUUGCAGUAAAUCAUAUACUGCUGGUAGUAGUCUAAAAACACACAUGAGAAUUCAUACUGGUGAAAAACCUUUCAAAUGUGGUGUUUGCAGUAAAUCAUUUACUAGAUGCAGUAAUCUUCAUAUACAUAUGAGAAUUCAUACAGGUGAAAAACCUUAUAAAUGUGAUGUUUGUAGUAAAUCAUUUACUGAAAGUAGUCAUCUUUAUACACAUAUGAGAAUUCAUACUGGUGAAAAACCUUAUAAAUGUAAUGUUUGUAGUAAAUCAUUUUCUCAGAAUAGAAGCCUACUGAGCCACAUGACAAUACAUACUGGUGACAGACCUUAUAAAUGUGAUGUUUGUAGUAAAUUAUUCACCACUAGUAGCAGUCUACAGGCACACAUGAAAUAUCAUGGAAAAAAACCUUAUAAAUGUGAUGUCUGUAGUAAAUCAUUUACUCAGCGUAGUGACCUGCAGCUACACAUUAGAAUUCAUACUGGUGAAAAACCUUUUAUAUGUGAUAUUUGUGGUAAAUCAUUUAGACAGAAUGGAACUCUUACGGAACACAUGAGAAUUCAUACUGGCGAAAAACCUUAUAAAUGUGAUGUUUGUAGUAAAUCAUUCACUCAUAGUAGUGGCCUGCAUCUACACAUUAGAACUCACACAGGUGUAAAACUUUAUAAAUGUUAUGUUUGUGGUAAAUCAUUUGGACAGAAUGGAAAUCUUAAGGAACACAUGAGAAUUCAUACCGGUGAAAAACCUUAUAAAUGUGAUGUUUGUGGUAAAUCAUUCACUCAUAGUAGCGGUCUGCAGCUACACAUUAGAACCCAUACAGGUGAAAGACCUUAUAAAUGUGAUGUUUGUGGUAAAUCAUUUGGACAGAGUAGUAAUCUUAAGGAACACAUGAGAAUUCAUUCUGGUGAAAAACCUUAUAAAUGUGAUGUUUGUAGUAAAUCAUUUACUCAGAGUAGUCAUCUACAUGCACACGUGAGAAUAGGUUGCUAGGCAAUGCAACAUACGCCCACAGCAGCUUAUUCCUUUGUAGGUAAUUGAGGGCCUUUACGAGACAGUUCCAUACAGAUCAGAUUAUAAUUUUUACAAGGUUCGAACUGAAGCAAGGUUUGCAACUCUGGAAGUAAUCCACAGAAAUUGUUGAAAUUUGACAGGCUUUUUCGUUUUAAAUAAUGCAUAUAAAUUUCAUACAGAUCAGAUGAUGACUUUUGUCAUUCAAACGUUCACAAUCGCCAUAACUCUAAAAAUUAUUGAUUGAAAUUAUGAAAUUCAAUAGACCUCUGUUUCACAAAUUUAAAUGAUGCAUAUAAAUUUCAUACAUAUCGGUUGAUAACUUUUCAUCAAUCGAGCAUUAAUAAGGUUGAACAAAGUGAAACAAGGGCCAUAACUCUAGAAGUAAUUAUUGUAAAUUGCUGAAAAUCAGUAGGAUUCAUGGUUUCACUAAUUUAAAUAAUGCAUAUAAAUUUCACAAAGAUCGGAUGAUAAAUUUUGGGGUUAGAGCGUUCACAAGGUUUAAUAAAGUAAACAAGGGCCGUAACUCUAGACGUAAUAAACGGAAAUUGCUGAAAUUCAAUAGGCUUCUUCAUUUCACUAAUUUAAAUAAUGCCAAGAAGAAGACGAUAAAACCUCACACGCGAUAGGAAAAGAGGGGCAGAAGAGUCCCCAUGACAGUUAAGGCAAGUUUGGAUCUCAGUGAUGCACCAGAGGAAAACCAGAACCAAUCCUUGUAGAUAAAUCAUACAUGCUGUAGCCAUUUGUAGUAGUUAAUAUGACACAUGUUGUAUUAUUAUUCAUAGUAGAAAAUCCCCGGUAACAAACUUAACAAGACUGUGUUGAUAUAAAAAGGAUUUAUCCAUUAUUAUAAUUUAUCCAGGACGCGUUCGCCCUUUAUCAUCUAAUUACAAAAAUUUCACAAAGAUUGGAUGAUCACUUUUGGUGUAAUAGCAUACACAAGGAUCAACAAAGUGAAACAAGAGCCAUAACUCUAGACAUUAAAUAGGCUUUUUCAUCUCACUAAUAUAAACCACAUAUAUCAAUUUUAAAACAAUGGGAUAAUAACUUUUGGAGAAAUUGUGGAGGACGGAUGGACGGACAGACCGGGGCGACGGCAAUGUGGGCGUAUAAAAACCUUUUAAAUGUGAUAUUUGUAAUAAAUUAUUCACAAACAGUAGUAGACAUCAAAAUCAUAUGAAGUAUCAUAGUAGAGAAGUGAAUCAUUUACUAGCAAUAGUCAUCAUGAUAGAUAUAUCAGAUUUCAUACUGGAGAAAUCCCUUUUACAUGUGAUGUUUGCACUAAAUCACUUAAUCUACAUGCACACAUGAGAAUUCAUACUGGAAAAAAACCUUAUAAAUGUGUUGUUUGUAGUAAAUUAUUCACCAUGAGAACACAUGGAAGGACAAGGGAACAAUAAAUCUUUUUCACAUAUACCAAAAAUCAUAAUACAUCUUUUCAACUUUUCCGUGUAAAAUCUCGGCUGGCUAUAUCGCUAUGUUUCAUAUGUAUCCAUUAGAACUCCAUAUGUUUCCAUCAAACUUCGGGGAGUAUCACCAUUUUGAAUUUUCCACUAGAAUUGUUGUUUUUGUAAGUUUCACAAGGAUAUAAUAAAAUAUAUUUCCAGCUGAUGUGAGGCCAUAAUAUUUAGUGUAGUUCAUUCAAUUUGCAUACUGAUCCGUUUUCUAAUUUUCCGGUGACCCCAAAUUGUCCCCACCAUAAUUCAGGAGGGAUAUCAUAUUGGCCGAGAAAUCUGGACCUCGAAGCGGAUAGUUUACGUUCAGAUGUGGAGGGGGUGCGAUGGUUAACGCGUGGGCAUUGUAUCAGAAGUAGACCGGAGGCUCAGCACGGGGGGUGUCCAUCAAAUGGGCACAAAACCAGACCCAACUUUUCUAGAGUAAAAUUUUGCAUAGAAUACAAUGCCGAGUGGUAAUCAGUCCGCCGUUGGGGCGUUUUCGAGAUA